AUGGCUCGUCUCUCAGGAUUGCAAAAGGAGGUCCUGGCCCUCUACCGUAACUGCCUCCGGGAGAGCCGCAAGAAGCCACAGGCCACUCGUCCACACUUCGAGAACUUUGCCAGAAAUGAAUUUGCAAGGAACCUGAAAAUUGACAAGCGCGACUUUGCCGCCAUCGAGUUUCUCUUGCGGAAGGGAAGACGUCAACUCGAGGUCUACGCUUCUCCUGGCAUCAAGGAUGUUAGGUAA